ACUUGGUCAAUUUAUUGUUCAAUUUAUUGUUGAUGUAAAGUGCACUUAAGGUUCAUUCAAAUCUUGUUCAAAUGCUUCAAAUGGUUCGUUCAAAGUUCAAAUAAAGACGGCCGUCGGCCAUGCAUAAAGCAUAAUGGAUGGUUGCAUGCAUGACAGGAACAACGUCUGACAACGUUAAGUUAAGUUAGGUUAAGUUUUUACUUCUUGCGAAUGUCGUCUAGGCAAGAGCAAAAGAUUACUAAAAAGCUCACUUAGCGGAAUCUCGCUAACCUUCACUAAAUUUCGUUGUGCAAUUGAUAUAUCCAUAUUAUCCGAGCCGAUCAAAAUGUUAUUAUCAUCAAGACCUCGUCGCGGAGCGUACGAUAAUGAAUGUAUUCCAAAUGUAUCCAUCAAUUUUUCAUAAAACUCUUCGAAAUUCUUUAUGUGGCUAUCACCAAAAUGUGCAAUAGUGAAAAUGACAGUGACGGUGACGGGAUUCCUUACUCGUUUAAAGUGUUUCGGUAUGAAAAAAUCGUACCGAAUAAAGCGUGCAAAAGGCCGUUUCCUCGUAGUGGACACAGGAUCGGGGCGGACUCGUCGAACUUUUAUUCGUUCGGGGGCUACAACCCCCUAGUUAGGGACGUAGUGUCGCAACACGACGUAGACGAAGAUGACUUUUGGAUACAAUCCUAUCCGUUGUUCCAAGAACUGUGGAAGUUCAAUUUUGCAUCCAGAGAGUGGACCAAGUUCAAGAAUAGUGAGACCCUUCCCAUGGAAUUGGCAUCAAAUGCCCUUAUUCUACAUGGAAAUAUCUUGAUGGUAUAUGUUUGUGUGUAUGGCGGUACCGGAUCCCCUUUUGGAAUUCGUUGUAGCAAUCAGUUGUAUGUAUGUAAAGUAAACGACGAGAAUGGUCCGAUGGCAGAAGUCCAGACCACUGGACAACUGCCUCUACCUUUAUAUGGACAAGCCCUUAUAUUCCACAACGAUUAUCUCUACACGAUUGGAGGUACGACAGGGUUGUCAUACACGUGUGAUAUUCACAGGUUAAAUAUUAAGACCAUGAACUGGGAAAUAGUGUAUUUAUGUAAUGGUUUAGGAGAGUACGAGCCGAAGGGAAGGUAUAGACACGAAGUGGGUUUCGACGGUAGAAAUAUUUACGUACUAGGCGGAGGUACCACCGAGGAAGCGUAUGGUUUCCAGCACAUACCCACUUUCGACGUAGAAAAAAACGAAUGGUUUAGACAAAAAACUAUAAGAGAUAAACACAGAGGUUUUCCUGAUCCGAGGCGGUGCCACGGCGCUGUGCAAAUAGCCUGCAAAGGCGUCGUCCAGAUCUUCAUAACCGGCGGCCACGACGGCGAGAACAUAUUCGACGACCUGUGGCGGCUCGACGUGCAGACCUUCCAAUGGACGUUCUUCGAGUUGUGCCGCCUGCCGCGGCCCACCUACUUCCACGCCACUGCGGUAACGCCCGAAGGCAGACUCUACGUAUUCGGCGGCAACUAUAGCAUCAACGACGACGUGCGACGCAGCAACGCCGUCUAUUCGACGUGGCUGUGUAUUCCCAAGCUGAGCGAAAUUUGCUGGGAGGCGGUCCUGCAUUAUACUCCCGAUAUAAGUAGACUUAAAACUGAUGAUUUGAUCGAUAUGGGGUUACCGAGGCGGUUUGUGCAGAGGUUGGAAAAAAGCUAGUGCGACAAACAGUAGUGCCUCAUUUAGACUAUAUCUACAAUCAAAUUGAAGAGUGUAAUCAAAUAAAGAACAAAAAGGACGAAACGUAAUGCAGAUUCUACGAGUAAUAUCUACCAAUAGGUGGGUUGAGUUAUAUCUGUCUUUUUAGGUGUCUAUAGCCAGCUCUAUUUCCAUUAAGUAGGCAGAAACGAAGGAAAUUUCUUCUAGCCAUCCCUUCUAUGUCUACUCUCUUCACUUAUUCUUCCUUGAUUUUUUUACUUUUUCUUUUACUUAGAUCUCUUGGUUUAACUCACUAUUUCAUCAAUUGGUUGUUUGUCAAUCUAUAAAGUUGUUCUUUUUAGGAUUUUUAUUAUUUGCUAUAUUUGGUUACCUACAUUACAUGGUUUUGUCUUUUUUUGUUCGUUAAUCUUUCGUAUAUAGAUUCUACGGAACAAAAUAUUGACAAUAGACUUUUAGUAUCUGCCUCGUAUCUUCGAGAAAUAUACAAAAGCUGUGAAUACAACAAAUGUUAAAAAUCGAAUAAUGACUUUUGUGUGCCUAAUUUUUUAGCAUCUUUUCAUUGGUUCAUGUUUUAUAUUUUAUUUUUUUGCUAUUGUUUUAACUCACCAUUUUAUGAAUUGAUCAUUUGGCAACCUAUAAAGUUAUCAUUUAUAGAUUUUGUUUAUUCUGACGUAUAUUUGCAUUAAUUCCAUAUUGGGUCUAUUGAAUAAAAAGAAGUAUUUGCUUUUACUUACACGUAUUUAAGUAUUUACUUAAUAGUAAUUAAAUAAAGCAUUAAAGAAAUGUCUAUUACUGUCAUUAGUAUUAAUGUCAAUUACUAUUAAGUAAAUACUUAAAUACUUGUAAGUAAAAGCAAAUACUUAUUUUUAUUCAAUAGACCCAUGGUUUUUGUCUUUUUUUGCCCCUUAAUCUUUCGUAUAAAGAUUCUCCAGAACAUAUUAUUGGAUCUAUCGAAUAAAAUGAAGUAUUUGCUUUUACUUACAAGUAUUUAAGUAUUUACUUAAUAGUAAUUGAAUAAAGUCAUUUCUUUAAUGCUUUAUUCAAUUACUAUUAAGUAAAUACGAGGAAGUAAAAGCAAAUACUUCUUUUUAUUCAAUAGACCCAUUGUCUAUGAACUUUUGGUAUCUCCCACGUAUCUUCGACAUAUCUUAUGUAUACAACAGUUGUUAAAAAUCGCGAAAUAACUGCUGUAUGCCUUAUUUCUUAGGCUACGGCUCCACGGGCGAGAAAUUGACGCUAGCAGUAGCCGUAAAACGAACUUAAGGUUCCGCGGAACGGAAUAGGAAUAGCCGAACUGUACCGACUACAAGACUUGUGCGUAGUCGGUUCAGUUCGGCUAUUCCUAUUCCGUUCCGCGGAACCUUAAGUUCGUUUUACGGCUACUGCUAGCGUCAAUUUCUCGCCCGUGGAGCCUUAGUCUUAGCGUCCCUCAUCUCUGAUGAUUAAUUGGUUCAUUCAUUUUAUACUAUUCUUUUUUGUUCUUGUUUUAACUCAUCAUUUCGUCAAUUGGUCUUUUUUUUAUUUUAUUCUAUAAAGUUGUUCUUUCUAUAUUUAUUUUUAGUAUUGCUUACAUUUGAAUACUAGGCCUGGAUCCCGCGUACCAAAAAAAGUUCAUUAAUAGCUUAACGGUGUCUAGUCGGACAAACUUUGACGUACGGGAACACUGGAACAGGGGAAGUUUUAAUUGUGGAACAGUUUAAAAAUUUGGAACCUCAGGUUACGUAAACGCCCGAUGUAUUUUGUCGGACAGAACUUCCAAUUAGUCCAGAAAGCCACUGCGCAUCCGCUAGGAAAAAUAUUCCGAUUCGGAUUUUUUGCACAAUCUUACUUUUAACAAAUUUGCAUGUUGCCAGGACCAAAAGUGGGUCAAACAUUUUUUAACGUUUUUUUUUUGUUUUUUUCCUAAAAUUAUAUUUCUUGCAUGGAACAAAGUUUUUUUAGGUUUUUUUGGAUCAUUCCAAACAGAAAAGGUCUUUAGUGACAUUUCUCUAAAGUUGAUAGUUUUUGACAUAUUAUAUAAGCGAUUAAAAAUUGAAAAAUUGCGAAAUUUGCCAUUUUUAACCCUCAAAAACUAUGUGAAAAACUGAAAAUUUGAAUGUUGCCAAGGUAGGUAGAUAUUCUUUAAAUAUCGAUUGAUGAAAUCCCGAAGAGUUUUUUGCAAUACAAUAUUCAAAACUCCUUUGUUUUUUAAUUGCUAAUCAAGCGUGCGCGACACUAUUUUCCAAAGACAGUAUGGUGCAAAUGAAAGGAAUAAAUUCGUUAUUUCGUAAACCGGCGACUUUAAGGAAAAAUCCCGAAACAGGUCGAUUUUUAUUUUUAAGUUAUGAUAUUGUGGCAUAUAUGGUAUACUAGUGACGUCAUCCAUCUGGGCGUGAUGACGUAAUCGAUGAUUUUUUUAAAUGAGAAUAGGGGUCGUGUGCUAGCUUAUUUGAAAGGUUCUUCAAUUCUCUAUUCAGUAAUAUAAUUAUAUAAUUAUUUAUACAGGGUGUCCUUCUACUUCUUUUUUGUCAAUUAUUUAAUUUAAUAAAAUUUUUUUGGACACCCUGUAUUAGAAUUGGACACAUUACUGAAUAGAGAAUUGAAGAACCUUUCAAAUGAGCUACCACACGACUCAUUUAAAAAAAUCAUCGAUUACGUCCUCACGCCCAGACGGAUGACGUUACUAGUAUACCAUAUAAUAUAUAUUAUAUGUGGCAUAUUAUGCCACAAUAUCAUAACUUAAAAAUAAAAAUCGACCUGUUUCGGGUUUUUUCCGUAAAUUUAUUCCUUUCAUUUGCACCAUACUGUAUACACAUGCAACGGUGGAAAAUAGUGUCGCGCACUCGUGAUUAGCAAUUAAAAAACAAAGAAGUUUUGAAUACUGUAUUGCAAAAAACUCUUCGGGAUUUCAUCAAUCGAUGUUUAAAGAAUAUCUAUCUACCUACCUUGGCAACAUUCAAAUUUUAAGUUUUUCACAUAGUUUUUGAAGGUUAAAAAUGGCCGAUUUCGCAAUUUUUCAAUUUUUAAUAGCUUAUAUGUCAAAAACUAUCAACUUUAAAGAAAAGUCACUAAAGACCUUUUCUGUUUGGAAUGAUCCAAAAAACCUAAAAAAACUUUGUUCCAUGCAAAAAAAAAAUUAAGAAAAAAAACAAAAAAAAAAACGUUUAAAAAAUUUUUGACCCACUUUUGGUCCUGGCAACAUGGAAAUUUGUUAAAAGGGGUUCUUUUUGAGUAAGAUUGUGCAAAAAAUCCGAAUCGGAAUAUUUUUCCUAGCGGAUGCGCAGUGGCUUUCUGGACUAAAUUCAUUUGUUACCAUGUCAUUAAAUUCUCAUGCAAAAAUCAGACUGCUAUUUAUCACCAAUAUAAUUCCUGUCAUUUGACAUGUUCUUGGUUGGUGAUUAACACCAGUCUGAUUUAUUGCAUGAGAGUUUAAUGAAAUGGUAACAAAUCAAUUGGAAGUUCUGUCCGACAAAAUACAUGGUACGUUUUCGUAGUCUGACGUUCCAAAUUUUUAAACUGUUCCACAAUUAAAACUUCCCCUGUUACAGUGUUCCCAUUCAUCAAAAUUUGUCCGACUAGACACCGUUAAGCUAUUAACAUAUUUUCAGCUUGCUAUUAAUCAACUUUUUUUUGGUACGCGGGAUCCAGGUCUAUACAUUUCAUGUAGUUUUUGAUGAUUUUUGUACCUAAAUUUAUCUUAUAAUAUAUUCUGCGGAAUGUGUUAUUCGUGGGCGUCCUAAGGGCCUUCUUCCUGUGGGGGCUUCCUUCCAGAUCAACUUGAUACGGCGGUUAUUAGGGCGUCUAUGGGCAUCUAUCUUAGACGCUGGGCGUCUUAGACAUUAGGGCGUCUAUCUUAGACGCUGAGAUUUAAUUUAUUCGACUACGUCGCUCGCCCUACACAUCUACUUUGGUUGCUAUUAGAGUCGUGAUAAGGUCCAAAGAUCCUUCUGAGGAUUUUUCUCUCAAAACAUCCGAGUUUUCUUUCAAUUGCUUUGGCCAGCUGUCAGUUGCUUAUUAAAAAUCGCAAAGUGACUAUUGUAUUCGUACUUUGUAAGCGUCCCUCUAUCUAUCUAUAUGGUCAUUAAUCGGUUCUUCUACUUUACAAAAGGUGAUACCUUUUGUCUCAACUCACCAAUUGGUCUUCAAUCUCUCUUAUAAAGUUGUUCUUUCUAAUCUUUUAAUAUCAUUGGUUAUAUUGGAAUGCAAUUCAUUUAGUUUUGUCUUUGUUAUGAUGAUUGAUUGAUUUUUUUAUAUUAUGUCGUCGUAAGGAUUAGCUCCCAACUACAUGUGAGAAUAUUUUAUACAAUUUUGCGUUUUAUAAAAGCAUUGUAUAUUCUCUUUUGAAUUUCUUUUCCACCGAAUUUAUUUAUCUUAUUAAUUUUCUCUUUUAACUUUACACUAAUUCAUUACAUUGUAUAUAUAUGAUUUAUUUAUUAUUUGUACAUUCUACAGCCAUUUUUACCUUGAAAUACCAAAUGUAUGAUCAUUGACUUACCUUUUGAUCUUUAAAAAAUUUCAUAUUAAAUAAAAAAUAUACUAAAUCUAUUA